AUGUCUGGGAUUUCAGGAUAUAGGAGCCUUGCACCUAAAACAAAGAAUGCUAUAGUUGCUGGGGGGCUGUCAGCUUUUGUGUUUGGAGUAUAUUUCUACACCAUGAGAGCUGUUGGAGGCACAGAUGAAUUGCAAGUGGCUAUAAAUAAGUUCGAGGAGGAAAAAGGUCAGAAGGAGGCUGAAGCAAGCAUGCCAUCAAAGGGUUGA